CUGGUUUAUACAAUGAGAUAGAACGGCGUAUGACGUAUGAGAGCUACAUCCCAAAUAAAUACACCUGUUGUGGUACAGAAAUAAAAAAAGCGAGCAUGAACUUCGGGGAACUUCGGGCGUGGCUCUCUCGUCUGUGAAAUGAAGGCUUCCCUAGUGAGACCGGAUGGUCGGAAACAAAACCCUUUAGCGUAAUCUUAAUGCUUUUCGUAAACAGACACCACUCUGAUAUCUUGAUCAGUUUUUAAAUUGCGUGGUUUCUUAUGUAUACCAUAUAUGUGCCCAUUUAUAUGGGAGACUUAAGGUACAGUAGUAACCAAUAUUGUCGACUUGCAGAAGAAAAUAUAACUAAUUGAAUAAGUUGUUGAGUUCGAGAGUCGUUUGAAAAUUUUGUCUCAUACUCAUGACCAGAGAAAUCUAAAAGUAAUUGUACAACUUAGUCUAAUAUGGGAUAACGUUCGUUCAGUGGUUAGCCAAACCGAGCUCAACUAUGGCAGGGCCUAAAACGGAUUUUUUUUUUCACUAGGAUAUAUGGCGGACGUUGCCGGGAAAUUGUGGGUUUUCUCAGGAUACUCCCAUUUUCUCCUUCAGUGUUCCAUUCUCAAAUGAUCACACAUCAUCACCUCAAUGUCGACAACAUAAGCGUUUAUUGAGACAUUAAUUUAUGUAAUGCAAUUCAAUUCUAUUGUAUACAAUUAAAUUAUUUUGUAAAAUUAAAGGCCUAUACUUUUUUUUUUAAGGUGGACGUACCCUUAUGUUGUACUAAUUUAUCAGUUUAACUUUUUUUUUUCCCGAAAUGAUUGAAAUAUACAUGUAUAUCCUCUGUAUAUAAUUGGAUGACAAAUUAACUGAUGUACAAGACACGAGUUUUUUACUAACAAAUUUAGAUACAAAUGUGUGAUGUACUAAUUGUGGUAGCCUAAAUUAUUAGUAAUUGAAAAUGAUUAAAUGAUUCUCAAAAUUCAAGGGCGUACGCAGUUUGGGUAAUGAGGGGCACUAAAAAAAUGCUUUUUAAAGCAAAAAUAGGGCCAAAUGUUUCUAUAUCCCCCCCCCCCCCUUCCCAACGUAAUGAAAUUAUGGGAACUAUUGCAAAUUGAGUGUUGUUUAAUUUAUCUUUGUGAAUUGUGUUAAGUUUUGACCGAAAUGCAAGACGAAAAAACUACAAUAGUAAUCAUAUUUCAAAUACAUUGAAUAGCGCUGAAUACUUAGUGUUCAAAAAGUCUCGUGGACAGUCGGUCCAAAAAUUGUAAAAAUCGUGCAAAAAUCAAAGAUAUUGGAAGAGUCCAGAUGGAGCAUUGUAAAAGUGAGGCCAAAAUAAAUCAGACCAUUGUCAGGAAACGACCUGCCAUUUCAUCCACCCAAUAUGGUGGUCAUUAGAUCCACUAAAUGCUCUUAUAAAGAAAACGAACUGAUCUUUACAAUAUGGUGUAACAGCUGUAUGCUAGUACCCUCCUGGUAUAACAUCCCGACGCUUAUAAUUCAGUCAUAAUCAUGUGACAAAAAGUGAUUCAUGUUAAUAUCGCUGGCAAUCAUAAAAUUUAAUUUAUCUGCUGUAGUCGGCCUAUUAAUUUUUUUAUGCUGUCUUGCGCGUUAUCUAAUGAAGGGUUUCGCAAUCACUUGUGACCGAAAAAUUAAUUGUCAUCUUAAACUAUCAUAUUGGUUUUUAUAAAUUUUAGCUAUAGUUGUGACGUUAAGGGCGGGGAGGCAGUACAUACACGCAAAACGGGACUCUUUGUCAUAAAUAUGCCUUUGUGAGGAUACUAGGUUAAAAACGAAAUCUUGUAUAGCAGCUUCCAGCGGCGGCCAUGACUAAACGUGUGCGUGUUAUUCCCUCUAAAUGCAUAUGCUUGUAUGUAUUAGCAUUGUUAAUGCUCUUUACAGGUUGCAUUAUUCAUGCAUAUGCAUUGCACGGAGCGGCUCAGUUAUGAUAAACCAGAGAUUGUCCCAGUUGCCUCCUAAAGGAGACGGAAAGUUGGCUCGCCGCUUGGAGCUCCAAGAAAGUCUCUGGUUAGCGAUUCAUGACCUUAAAAGGAGAAGAAGCAUUGAGUGACGUCAGUUUGCAAAACUCUGGGUCGUUUCGUCGAAUUUCUUUCUUGUUUCAAACAUCGCAGCUGUUCAUUUUAACCCAAUGUUUUUUUUUUUUGCCUCUACACACUCAUUGUUAAAAUAAUCAAAUUCGUUGUUAAGUCUUAAAAAAAAUAUUACAUAAUCAGGGGGUCAAUGACGUUUCCUUCCAUAAAUACAAAAGUUAAACAGUAUUAAUAAAAAAACAAGUGAAAUUGAUUGAGUCAUGUUACGUACUGUAACAUUAUGCCACUUCAUAAUCACUGUAGUUUUAAUUAUGUACUUAAUACUAGACAUGAAUUUCAAACACAAAUAUUUUACCUGUAAUUCUAAAUAUCGGUGUACCGUAUCGUGAUGUUUCUUUAAAAAAAUAUCACUCUUUUUGGUAAAGUUUUAAAACGUUCGAUUGUUUUUUUGAACCGACACUUAGCUUGCCCGCGUAAAAUAUCCGGUAAUACGUGGACGAGAUCAGCGACUGCGCCGAAUAUAGUUGUUACAUAAACAUUAGAAUAUUGUGUUAUUAACUGAAUUACUUUUUUUAACGCCAUGUGUGCAGAGAACGAAUUUCGUAACGCGUGUGCAGCAACGCAGUGCCUUGAAACGUGAAAGUGGACACAUCACUUGACAGCUGGCUCGUGGUCGUGCGCGCGCAUGAAUACAGGCGCGCUGCAGUCGCCAGAGUGGGCUGGGUAGUUGGAGAGUGCGCCACCAUCUUGCGUGCCUGGUGCGGCCGUCCAGUUCACAGCGGGGCACGGUGGUCGUUGGGUUUUCGGUACUUCGUGACAGUUUUUAGUGACGUGAGAGGAACACAUUUUCUCAAAAUGACGACGAAUAUGCAGCAAGGCACCCUCCUGGAUGUUCUGAAGAAGAAGAUGAGGCAGACGAAGGAAGAAAUGGAGAAAUACAAGGAUGAGUGCGAGGAGUACCACAAAAGGUUACAGGUUGAAAUAAUGCGCCGGGAAGAAGCGGAGAGCGAGGUGGCAGCCCUGAACCGCCGCAUCCAGCUGCUGGAGGAGGACCUGGAGCGCUCAGAGGAGCGUCUCGCCACGGCCACGGCCAAGCUGGCCGAGGCCUCCCAGGCCGCCGACGAGUCCGAACGGAUACGCAAGGCGCUAGAAAACAGAACUAACAUGGAAGAUGAUCGCGUAGCAAUCCUAGAAGCACAGUUGAACCAGGCUAAAUUAAUAGCAGAGGAAGCUGACAAGAAGUACGAAGAGGUCGCCCGCAAGCUAGUGCUCAUGGAGCAGGACCUGGAGCGGGCGGAGGAGAGGGCCGAGGCGGGGGAGGGGAAGAUCGUGGAGCUGGAGGAAGAGCUUCGCGUGGUCGGCAACAACUUGAAGUCCCUGGAGGUGUCCGAGGAGAAGGCCACGGCUUCUCAAGAGCGUAUUGAGGACAAAAUUCACGUGGUUACCGAUAAGCUGAGCGAAGCUGAGGCCCGCGCCGAGUUCGCGGAAAGAUCUGUCCAGAAGCUGCAGAAGGAGGUUGACAGGCUGGAGGGUGAGUACAGCUGCCUGCUCCGUCUCAUCUCUCUCGCCACGGCGAAGCCCCCUGCGUUUCAGCUUUCGAGUGGGGGCGGGACAGUAUCCCAACACCUCGGGGGGGAUUUUAAAAUCAGAGUAUCGUUGGGUCGGAUACUUCUUUUUUUUUCUUUUACCCGUGAAAGGCCUUUGGCAAAGCUUUCUGGGUUUGAAAGACACCUUGGAAAAUCGGGGAACAUGAACUUUGUGUUCGGAGGAAGAUGUUUUUUUGGCACACCUUGUUGUGGCAUCUGAAGUUAAACCGAGUCCAAACUUAAACAUUCCAUUUUAUGUUUGGCAAAAAUUUAUCAUCACAGUGUUUUUAAUGCGCUGGUAUUUCAUGUUGCAAUGUUUCAAACGUUCUGGCAGCAUGUUCUUUUUGAUGUGGCAACAUGGCGGUCCCAGUUUCUCAAGGUCCUUCUUGUGCGUCGGCGUUUUUUCGUUCUACUUGCACACAAGUUCCAAAGUUAUUAGUAUCUUCAUUCAUGCUCUCCAUGAUGAUAAUACUGUAGGUACACUUGGUACCGGUACCACUGUCAUCAGCUUGAUCAGUUUGAGCCUGAUUGCAACUUUGCACUUCUGUAUGCAGGCACAGUGGGUAGAUAGAUACACCUUUGACAUAAACAGCAACAUGGAAGUGGGUUGAUUAACAUUAAGGAACGUGGAAAUUGACCAGACAUCUAAGGGGACCGGAUGGCAGGAAUUGUUACCGUUUAUUACUCGCCUUGCUUUAUAAUUUUUAUUAUCAACAAAAAUUACAUGACCCAACUUCACCCUGACUUGGUUUGAAAAUUCCCUAUCUGGACAUCUACUUUAAGAAAUAUUUUCAUUUCAUAUUUGAAGUCUGCAAGUCAAAUGGCAUUGUGAAAAUAAAUGGGCCACAAUUGAAAUGUAGUCCUUAUGCACAAUUGUCAGCAUUAUUUCUUUUCAACAAGGUAUAGUAAAAAUUUUCAAAAUUUACUGUAGAUUUUUGUAAGCAUAUUCCACUUAAAACUAUUUUCUAUUUGAUAUAUUUUAAGAAGUUUAAAUCACUGAAUGUCAAGUUGUUGCUCUACUAGCUUGAGUUUGACACUCAUAAUUCAUUUAAAGUACAAAUAUUAUUUAUGUAUGUUAACAAAGUUCACACUGCUUUAAGAUUUGAUUUGCAAGAACUUAUCUUUUGCUUUACAUUCUGUUUAGGGAUGGGUCUAGCACACAUUUUUAUUUUGAUUUUGAUUCUUGGUUCCAAAAUUUAAAUUAUUUAUAUUUUUCAAGUUAUAAUACACCAUUAUCUGAAUAAACUUUGGAAACUCCCAUAAAUAUAUUUAUAGUUCGUACAAUGUCAUCAACUAAUUUGAAAAAAAUGUUACCUUAAAAUUAUUCUGUUAGUAACCAUUUUUGGCACAUAAUUAAAACAUGCAAAAUAGUAUGUGUUGCAGAAAAUAUUACUACUAAAAAAAUUAAAAAUUAAAUAUAGCAUAGAUUGAGUACAGAUAACUAAAAAUAAAACUGAUAAGUUUGUUGAAACCUUGUUGGCCAACCUGUUAAUAAUUCAUGUCAACAUGGCAGUUCGCUGACAAAAAGUACAAACAAUAACUUAAAACAGCGAGUGAGCUAUAUUGAGCUAUUAUUGUAUACAAUAACAAAAUCUGGAAAUGUGAUGUAUUAUGGAGGACACAAUCACUAACUUGACUCGUGCGGACGUGAUGUGAGGGUGCGUUCCGCCAGUGGGGACUGGUUGGUACUGGUGGGGUGGAGACAGACCAGGCUUUACUAUCAUAGGAGGUAUGACGUCAGUGAAGGGUCAAAUAUUUAAGUUUUUCCAAGGAGUUCUUACUUUUUCGAAUUAUACUUGCAUGAAAUAAGGAAACUAAGAAUCAAAACAACCCAUCCCUAACUCUUAUUAAUAAUGCACAUGUUUAAAUAAUGUGGUUUAAAUUGUAAAACUGGUAAUUGUUUAUUUUAGUUUUUUCAUAUUAUUCAGAAUUCAUUUAAAAUUUUCAUCAUUUUUUCUUCUUAUUUUUAUUAUUAAUAACUUAGUUAUAUUAUUUACCUGUUAGUGUUUAUAAGUUUUGAUAUACUCGUUUCAAUAACUUAUUUGUUGAGGUUUGUUAUAAUAGCAGAGGAUGACAUUUGGUCCUAUGUUGUAAGUAUGUAAUAGGUUUAUUUGUAUUUAGUGUGUUCGAGAUUAGAUUUCAAUGUUAACUUUGUUGAUUUCUUGGUAUUAAUACAUUUAUAGAUGGGGAUAUUGGCUUCAAGGCUCUAAUAUUGCUAUAACAUAGAAUUUGUGUUACUUAUUUUGACUGGCUUUUUUUGUGUUUUUUUUUAAUUUUAGGUUAUAUGCAUCUAAAUAGUUUUUUUAAGUUCAGUCUUGGCUAAUUUUUUUGUGUGAUUAACUAAUAUUUAAAAAUUUUUUUAGUUUAAAAAAAAAUUAUAUUUUGAUGCAUAAAGAAUUUUUGUAGUACUGAUGAAUAAAUUACGAAAGCUGUGUUUGUUGUAUUUUGUAUGUAUUCUUGCAGUUUUUAUUUAUAUUACGUAAAAUGCACAGAAGCAUGUUCCAAAAGUAAAAAAGUUUUUAUUUAGAUUUUUUGGAAUGUUAAGUGUGCUGUUUUGUGCUGUGUGUGUUCCUAGUGCAUGUUUUAUUUAAUGCAUGCUGGAAGAUAGUAGGUAGUUUAUUUUCUGUAUUUUUUUUCUCCAUAAAACAGAGUAUCGCUCCAAAACUAGUUUUAAAGGUUCACAUUUCAGCACAAAUUAAUUAACUGUUGAAUGCCGUAAAUCCAGAUUGUCACCUAUGUCGAAACCUUAGUUGUACCUAACUUUCGAAUGAAUCAUCAGACUUAAAUUUUUAAUGCAAGGUCUUAAUAGUUGUUUUUUUCUUUCUUUUCAAAAUACUUAUUACUUCAGAGCUGUGCGAAUGUGCAUUUCAAAUAUUCACCUGUUCAGCAACAUGAAUUUUUUGACUUCUAGCCAGCGUACGCGUAUCGGAAGGUUUCCCCCAUCAAGUUUGUUAGUCUUAGACGUGCCUCCUAAAGUUCUAAUUCGUAAAGUUCUUGGUUGUUGGAGAUACUCCCGAACAAUAGCGUCGAACCACUUUGAGGUCCCAGAUUGUUUUUUUUUUUUUUUUUUAAACAUAGAGCAAGGGGGGGGGGGGGGGGGGGAAGGGGUAUGUGCUAGUCCGGGCGAUGGCCGCAGGUUUGGUUUGCCCUUGCAGAUGACCUGCUGGCGGAGAAAGAGAAGAACAAGUU